GUCCUCUCCCCUCCCCAGGUGGAUGCUGCAGCGUCCGCCCGGAGCCGCCGGCGUGCAGACCCUGCCAGAGUUCACGGAGUUGCCGUUUGCCCAGGCCCUGGAGAUGGCCUGCAGGCAGCUGCCGCGCGGCUCGGCGCACGCGGCGGCCGCCCAGCGGGUCCUGCAGCUGGCCAUGGCGCCCGCGCCGGUGCUGCACCGGCACUCUUCCAAGGCCCGCGCGCUGCUCCUGCAGGCCAUGGGCCGCGUCAUGCACGGCGACGCCGCGGGGCUCUGCCGCGGCCUCUCCGCCGGGCUGCUGCCCGCGCUGCGGCGGGAGGCCGAGGCUGAGGCACGUUCGCAACCUGGGCAGGUUCGCCAGUGGCUCGCGGCUCAGACGCUCUUCGCCACCCUGAAGGCGGUCCUCCCCGCCAUGGACUCCGCACCAGUCGCCGACACGGCCAACCAGGCGCACCCGGUCGCCGCCGUGUGGCAGGAGCACUGGCCAGUGGUGGUUGCCGCGAUGCUGCACUGGGAGCCCUCGCCCGUCGACGACGAGCCCCUGGCGUCCGCCAGCGAGGCCCUGGGCCUCGCCGCGACGUCCCUGCCGGGCCUGCUGCGGGAGGCGGUGGGGCUGCUGGUGCGCAGCGCCUGCGAGCGCGAGCUGCCGGACGCCCAGCUGCGGGCGCUGAUGUGGGUGGUGCGGAAGGCGACCGGGAACGGGUUGUGGAGCGGUAUCUCUCAGCAUCGCUCGGGUGUGUGCGUUUCUCAGGAGGGG